CCAAUCGCGUUGCGGCGCGGAGGGAUGUGUGCGGCCGGAGCGGGCCCGGUGGCGGAGCGGGAGAGUUGCGGGUUGUGUCCCCGUUCCGUCCUGUGCCCUCCGCGGGCGAUGGGGGCCUGAGGCUGGGUCGUGUCGGUCUGGAGACGUCUUGUUCAGCGGUAUUUUCUAUGUGUGGUGUAGGAAAAAAUGAAUUCCACUAUGAGUGAGGAGCCUGAUGCACUAUCUGUAGUUAAUCAACUCCGAGAUCUAGCAGCUGAUCCUUUGAAUAGGAGAGCCAUUGUUCAGGAUCAAGGAUGUCUGCCAGGUCUGAUUCUGUUUUUGGACCAUCCCAGCCCUCCAGUUGUUCAUUCAGCUUUAUUAGCUCUCCGUUAUUUGGCAGAGUGCCGUGCCAACAGAGAAAAGAUGAAAGGUGAAUUGGGUAUGAUGCUCAGCUUACAGAAUGUGAUACAAAAGACCACUACACCUGGAGAGACUAAACUCCUGGCUUCUGAAGUCUAUGACAUCCUUCAGUCUUCCAACAUGUCAGAUAUGGACAAUGUGAAUGAAAUGAAUUAUCGUCGACGGAAAGCCCAGUUUUUCCUUGGCAGCACAAAUAAACGUGCUAAGACAGUGGUUUUACAUAUCGAUGGCCUUGAUGAUUCGUCUCGAAGAAAUCUUUGUGAAGAAGCUUUGCUGAAAAUUAAAGGUGUUAUUAGUUUUACAUUUCAAAUGGCUGUUCAGAGAUGUGUGGUCCGAAUUCGCUCAGACUUAAAAGCAGAGGCUUUGGCAACAGCAAUAGCAUCAACCAAAGUUAUGAAGGCACAGCAAGUUGUAAAAAGUGAAAGUGGUGAGGAGAUGCUAGUUCCGUUCCAAGAUACUCCAGUGGAAGUAGAACAGAAUACAGAUCUACCUGAGUAUUUACCAGAAGAUGAAAGCCCUAGUAAGGAACAAGAUAAAGCAGUGUCUCGUGUUGGGUCACAUCCAGAAGGUGCAGCAAGCUGGCUCAGCACAGCAGCAAACUUUCUAUCCAGAUCUUUCUACUGGUGAACUUGUGUUUGGUGUUAAAAAGACUGUGUGAGCCAACAGGGGGGCCAGUUUUCCAUUGGUGUGGUGAACUGCCAAGUGCAAUUUGCAAUAAAUUAUCACAAAAAUUUUAGAUUACGCAAAUGUAUGCUGCAUUUUACAUUUUAUUGGACAUUUGACCUGACAGGACAGGGGUCAAAGGACAGAGGCCUCCAAUCAAAUUGUUCCUUUAUUUGUUUUUCAUGUAGAUUUUAUUGCCUCACUUUUUUUAAAAAAUGGGUCCACUAUUAUAUACCAGACAUUUAUGUGUAUAGAGCUUUAGGUUUGACUUCACAUAAAACACAUGAUGGGGAGAAUCCAUUUAACUUAAGACUCAGGGCCUCUGUGAAUGAAAAAUCGUAAUAACUAAAUGUGUAUUAAGUAAAAUGCCCUUUUUAUUUCUGCAUCCCUUAGGACUAAUUUGAUUGAAUUUUCUCUAUUCUGACUAUACAGAAAGAAAAUAUACAGUCUGCCUCUCUUUUUACGUUCAUUUUUUGCCAACCCUUUUCACAGAAUGAGCAUGAUGCUCCCUUUUUGCUAUUAAGCUAGCAUCACUACAUUCUUGAAACUUAUAACCAUUGUAUUUGUAUUGCUUUUUUUUUUUCAGUCUGAAUUUAACCAUUGGAGUGCUUGAGAUUAUGAAAUAAGGGAUUGAGUAAACACAAGGAUGUGUACAUACAUUGUACAGUAAAUAAACUAGAACAUAUUUGUAAUGAUGGUUGUGACUGGCUCAUGUAUAUAAAUAAUAAAUACCACUGACUGCUCUUCAGGCUAGUUGGGAAGACAGUAGCAAAAAAGUGGUCUAAGGUAGUGACAGCCUAUUGCAGCUCUGUUUGAAGAGGGAUGGAGGCUGUAUUUGGCUGAGAAAUGGUGUUAGGAAAUAUUUAAUGGUAACUGAAACUUAAUGAACUUGAAGAAUAAAGCAGAACUGAAUGCCUCUUUUGCCACAGUGCCACUCAUAAAUUUAGACUUUAAUAACCCUUUUUAUUUUUUUUCACCUAACAGACAUGACUUGUAAGUUCUCUCCUCUUAAGUCUUCAUGAGUUUCCCGUAGAAGUACAUCAACUUGGACAGGCUUAAAAACAUGUACAAACAAUUGGCUUUACCUUGUUACUUACAGACAGUAUAGAUCUAAAGAUGUCUUAGGAAUUUAUGUGACCAGAAAUGAUAAUAAAAGCAAAACUUUUGUAGGUGGAGACUAAUAUAGAUCUGAGCUGUUAGUAUGCACUGUGUGCCUGAGAGGAUUCUAUGCACAGUGCUUGAAAACUGCAGUGCCACUGCUUUCUGCACUAGAGAAGUACAGCUGAGAACUUUAAAUAAUAAUAUAAACCUCAUUAUCCAAUGCUUUUUUUUUUUUUUUUGGUGUGUGUUAAUGUAUUUCCUAUGUUGUUAACUAUUUUUACCACUUUGGAGACUCGGAGAAAAAGUUUAACACAUCAAAGUUAUUCCCCUGUGCCUGUGCACAAGGAAUACAGGAAAUUCACAUUAUGGAAAUUCAUUCCAUAGUACUACAGAAAUGCAGAGGGAUGAUAAUGUAAAAUAAUUACACAGGUCAGAAUUCACCCACCCAAGUUAUUUGUCAUUCUAGGACAAAAAAAAAAAAAGAAAAAGAAAAAGAAAUAGUAAAAGAAAAAGAAAAAGAAAGAGAAGCUUGUUGGCAGACUAGGUGUCUCAUGUUUUUUAAUAUAACUAGUUUAUUUUUGAUUCAGGUUUACACGCACAGAUUGAAAAUACAGGCUUUUCAGGGCAUGUAUUGCUUUAAAUAUGUAAUACUACUCAUAUUGCUGUCUAGAAUGUUACAGUACCAAAUGUGUUUAAAAAGUCCUCUGUUCUAUAGCCAUGAAUGCAGAGUUUGUUUUUCUGCAUUAACAUCUGUUUGCAUUUGCAUUGCUGCACAUCUAUUUAAUAAAAGACUACACCCUUCGGAUAUUAAUGGUU